AUGAGUAGAUUUAUAUUGUUUGUGGUUUCACUGCUUCAUGCCCGACAAGUCGUAGCACUUUGUUUGGCCAAUGGGGUUCCCCAUCACGCACGGCAAUAUCUUCAAAACGAUGCAUUGGAGAACAUGCCGGUUGGCCUACUCCUGGCCACUUGGCAGAGCAGUUUCAUCAUGACGGCGAUUGUGCAGAUUCUGGUGACCGAAGUCCUUGGUUUGCACACGAGGGCGCACUCAGAGAUGGCGGCCAAUUCGGCAGGAGCGAUUUUCGCCAUAGGCGGGUGCUUGGACUUCAACAAGUUGGAGAUGGAAGAGAAGAGAUGCGGUCUACAAGAGACGCAGAUACAUGUAGCUCUCGAUGCUUGGGUUGGAGUUGCCGUGUCAGAACAAACAACUUUUCAAUACCUUUACCCGUCUCAAGCUCCGGAAGAUAUGGGUGGAAUGGGCUAUCGUGGAUUUGAAUCAAUGUACGUGACAAUGGGCGUCUCUGAACAGGCAUACAAUGCAGAGGGGUUGGCCUUGAAUUUCUACCGUAGCUACAAUACCACUCAUCAUGACGCGAAGAGAUACUUUCAAUCUAUUUUCGAUGUGAAUUUCUCAGUCAUGAUAGCUUGUGCGAAUGGUACUGCUUUCAUGAACGAAGAGCACAUGGGCAACUACUACCGUUGGACAGGUGAUAUUGAUGGAGUAGAACUGCAGCCUGAUGGGACUUACAUUGGUAAAUGCUCAGGCCCGGGGGGGUACUGGUGGCUGGCGCCUUCAUGUCGACAUGAUGUGAUGGCCUGCAUCCCUUUGGUCACAACUUCCAAUGGAUGGUUUCUUCAAGCGUUGCUGCAGUGGUCAACAACCUAUGGAAUCCCUGCUGCGGUCGGGAUCAUUCCAAGCUUUGCUGAUUGGUCCAGAACUGUGAAAACGACUCGAUCCCUCUUCUAUUGGUGGACCCCUGAUGCGACAUUUCUUGAACUCCAACCAGAAUCCAUUGUAUUCCCACCUUUCCGUGCCUCAGAAUGGGUUUUGGGAAACAAAAGGACCUCUGGAUCUGGAACCUACAUUGCAAAGCUGACAAGCCCAAAUUUGCGCCAAAAGUCUCCUCGCUUGCGAAGCUUCAUUUCCAAAUUGUCGAUGGACCUCAAUGAUUUGACGGACAUUCUUCACGACGUUCGCACUUUGCCGAUCACUUCAUUGGAUCUGUGGUGGGAUGCAGCAUGCAGCUGGAUCCAAAAGAAUGAGCACAUUUGGUCAACGUGGAUUCCCAUUGAUACCAACUGCUUCUUGGGCUAUGGAGUGGUCGAUGAGCACGGUACUUUCUUGUCAUCCAAAACAGGUGCCGUAAGCUGUGAUGUGUGCCCACCAGGCACCUUCUCUGAAGAUCUCCCUGACGGCCAAAGCCGCCGUUGUACUCCUUGUCCACCUGGCAGCAGCCAGAAUAAAGCAGCCGCUUCCCGCUGUCACGAAUGUCAGCCAGGCAGCGUAGGUGCCACAGAGGGCAGUGUUGCGUGCACGCCUUGCGCAGUGGGAUUCUACCAAGACGCUUCUGGCAAGGCAGCCUGUGUGGCAUGCAGCAAUGACACGACAACGUUGCUCUUGGGGGCGAGCAAGCCGGAGGAUUGCGUUUGUCAAAUCGAUCUCAUUGAAUCCAAUCUUCAAUGCGUACCUUGUGGAGAGGGUUUGACCUGCCCCCGUGGAAGCACAGUAGAGCAGCUGAUGCACGGACAGAACACCACUGCAGGCGAACGGCCGCAGAUUCUGCAAUCGUACUUCAGUUGGCCAGAGGAACCGCUAGAAAUAUACAAGUGCCCCGGGCAGCAUUGUCCUGGAGGAGUCCCAGGUUCUUGCACUGAAGUACGCUUGGGCCCGACAUGUGACGAAUGUCCUGCUCGCAUGUAUGCCACUAGUGAUGGUUGCCAAAGCUGCGAGAUUCCUCUGGUAGCUGCAUGGAUUGGUGGCCUUUGCGGAUUGCUUUUGCUCAUCAUUUCAGUCUACUAUUUUGCAGAGACUCGCUACAUGUUGAAAGCUUCUUUGGUGGAAUGCGCCAAAAUAGGCUGUGACAUGACACUGAACUUUAUGCAGAACUUGGGUGUUUUAAAUUCUGUUUUUGUGCCGUGGCCCGAAGGGCUGCGAAAUUUGCUCAAGUUCUCUGCUCUCUUUCUUUUCAAUUUGCGCUCUUUGGGGUUCAACUGUGCACUUGGCAGCGCCGUGCAGCAGUACAUGACGAUGGUGUCCUUCUUCUUUGGCAUGACUUUGAGCUGGCCAUGCUUGGGAUAUCUAUCACAAUUCCAUUGCUUCCGAAAAAGGAAUCUGGCAUGGAAGUUCCACAGAACACUUGGCGUGACAGGGAGUUUUCUCCAGCUCUCGUUCACGACACUGUGCAAUGUUGGACUGGUUCCAUUCAUGUGCUUUAGCCAUCCUAAUGGACGCAAAAGCAUUGCAAAGUAUCCGAACAUCUUUUGCGGCAGUCCUGACCAUUUGACGAUGCAAACACUGGCCGUAUUCAUUCUCAUCCUGGGUCUCACGCACUUUAUCAUGUGUUGCUGGGCCAUUUGGAGUGCUCCUGCAUGGUCCGUCAAAGCGCGACGCCGACUUCCUGCUGUUCACUUCCUGAUCGCCAAUUUCAAGCCCAGUGUGUGGUGGUUUGGUGCGGUGAUUCUACUGCGUGGUCCCCUCAUCUCAUUGCCCACAGUGGUGGCAACCGAUUUACCUGGCGUCAAUCUCGCCUUGCUGAUUUGUGUUUGGCUGUCCUACUAUUCGAUUCAGCUCGUUUGCUUACCUUGGAAGGCACCCAUCCUCAACUUGGUGGACGGGAUUUCAACCAUGCUCUUCCUGGUAUUGCUUGCAGUGUCACUUCAUUUGGAGCCAGUGAUAGCGGAGUCGAUCUUGAUUUUGGAGAUCUUGGGCGUUGGUGUUUACUACUUGAGCCUUGGGGUCAUCGUAUGUGUCUCUAUCCUGUCCAUCAUGUUGAUGGUGUUGAAGCGUUUCCGAUGCUCUGCCCGCACGAAUCACAUUGUGAACCUUGGACAGCUGCCAGACCCGAAAGAGAUGCUUGAAACCAUUGAGCAGAUUUACUUCAAUUUGAAGGCCAAGCAAGAUAUGGGUGAACUCGUCAACAAGAUGUCGACUACUCUAUCUGCUGAUGACCUUCACAUUGUGCAGAAAGCCUUGGACAUCCUCUCGACUGACUGCGAGCUGGGAGAAAGUGUGAGCACGAGCCGGACCUCCUUUUAUCGAAUCUCUGCGAACCGGAUCAGCCAGAUGUCCGGGACAAGCUUGUCCUUAAUGGUGCAGGACAUGGAUGAGGCGGCCCAGUCUAAGGUGUCAAAGCGGCUGAAGGAGGAAGAGAGCAUUUCUGAGAUAGCGGAAUCGGGCGAGAUCGAGAAGGAGGAAGCCAGGGAGGAUUUCCCGGAGCCCAAUUCUGUGGACAUUAGCGCGGAAGAGGACACUAUUCUCGAAGAAAAUCUGGAUGAGGUGGAGGAUGGUGUGCGCCACAACUUCUCACCAGCUUGCGUUCGCUCCGCGCGAGGCCUUUACGUGGCGGCAGCUCCCUGCGCAGAGCUACCGGGCUGGGGCAUGGGCGACACAGAUCAGGCUUUGAGGAUGAUGGCGUGGCACUUGGAGACCAACCGCUUUGUGGAUGAGAGAGAUGGCUAUAAUUGGCUAUGGAUCUUCAUGCAUCCGCUUUACAAUCAGAACGUACCGCAUGACUAUGACUUCGCCAUCCUAGAGCUUGACAAGGCAAUGCCCUUGAAUGAGUGCGUCGGCGUGGCCUGUUUGCCACAUCGAGAUGAGAUGCCGGGGACCAACUGCAGCAUCACUGGCUGGGGCACCUUGAAAUCCUUUGGCAAAACUCCAGAGGUUCUUUGGCGUCGCAGAUGGGCCGUCGCACAAAAGAACUACACCAAGACCAGAGACAUCAUCACUGGCUCCAUGCUUUGCGCCUCGGGGGUCUCCGAGAAGGGCAUCGUGGACACCUGUCAAGGUGACUCCGGAGGACCAUUGAGCUGCGCAGAAGAUGGGCGCUUCGUCCUCCGUGGCGUCACCUCCUGGGGUCAAGGACGGGGUGAAAGACCCAUCGGAGACGUGAGAUGUCUUGAGGUCAAGAUGAACAUCUCCGGCAUCAACUUCAAUGGCUCGAUGUGGAAGGUCGUCGCUGGCAACUGCGCGAUGGACUCCUCUCAUUGUAUUAUGAGCCCUGGCUACCCCAAGGAGUAUCCAGUGAAGGAUGCCUGUACCAUUGCUGUCAAUGAGAGUGCAGCUGUCCCAAUCCAUGUAGAGCCUUGGUCAAACAGACCAUGGCAAGAGAGGUGGGUUGGGCAAAAUCCGACUCUGAUGCAUCUCCUGUUUUGGGAAGCCAAUGCUUUUGGUUGGAUUCCACUUUCUUCCCUAGGUGUGUCGACUUCCGGCAUGGUAUUCUCUGGAAUCCUUAUUUUACUUAAUACUCAAAAUUGA